AUGCGCCAAUCACAAGGAAAUGCAUUAAACCACGACCAGUAUGGGGUUGUUAUUGACGCUGGCUCCUCUGGAUCACGAGUGUACAUUUACAAAUGGCAGGACCCUGCGUACACAUCAAAGGUUGGAGACACCGAAAACUUAUAUUCAGUCCCUCGCAUUUCACUUAGCAAGGAAUGGACGACGAAAACCUCCCCAGGCUUAUCAAGUUUUAAAAAGAAACCAAAUAAGGCGUUUAAAGACCACAUCAAGCCCCUGCUUCAGUUUGCUGAGGAUAUUAUACCAAAAGAAAAUCUAAAAUCGACGCCCGUUUUUAUUCAAGCUACUGCGGGUAUGAGGCUGCUCUCAGACAAGAAGCGUGACUUGAUCUUAGGUGAUCUUUGUUCUGGGAUAAAACAUUCUACAAACUUCCUUCUGGAGGACUGUAGAUCACAAGUUCAGGUUAUAGAUGGAGAGACUGAGGGGAUCUAUGGGUGGAUUGGACUAAAUUACUUGCUUAAAAAUUUCGACAACUACAACGCAUCUGACGAGCUUCACACCUCCUUCGGUUUUAUGGACAUGGGCGGCGGUUCAGCUCAAGUUGCAUAUGUACCGAAUAAUCCGCGCGAGAUUGAAAAACAUGACGAUGAUAUUUCUUCGGUUAUUCUAAGAAGCUUAAAUGGCGAAACGCAGACAUGGAGGGUUUUUGUUGGUACUUGGCUUGGAUUCGGCGCCAACGAGGCUAGAAGCAGAUAUCUCGCUCAAAUUGUCAAUAGUCUUCCAGAAAAUACAAAUGAUCGAAAUGAUGAUGACUUUCUCACGCGCGAGCUAGUCGACCCGUGUAUGCUAAAGGGUUCACACACUAAAUUCAAAUUCAAAGACAAAUACUUCCACUUUUCUGGCUCUGGGAACUUUGAACAUUGCUCAAAGUCGAUCUUUCCUUUGUUAAGAAAAGAUACACCGUGUAUUGAAGAGCCCUGUUUGUUUAAUGGUGUUCAUGCUCCUGCAAUUGACUUUUAUAAUGACAAGUUCAUUGGGACCUCAGAGUACUGGUAUACUGCUAAUGACGUCUUUCAAGUUGGAGGGGAGUAUAAUUUUCACGACUUCAGUCAAAAGGUGAAGGAGUUUUGUGAGAGUGACUGGAAGGAGGUCGAGGAACACAGUAAAAAUGGCAGGUAUAAUAACAUACCAAUAAAACUACUGCUUGAUUCAUGUUUCAAGGCGAAUUGGAUCUUGAGUGUUUUACACGAGGGGUUUGAUAUGCCCAGGGUUGGUAUUGAAAUUACAGACGAUCAGGAAACAAAAGAUAGAGACACCUCCGAAGGUGCCGCGGCAUCUGUUGCAUUUCAAAGCACCGACUCAAUCGAAGGGUACGACUUAUCUUGGACCUUAGGGAAGAUGGUUCUUUAUGUUUCAGGGUUAGUGGAAGCAAGUCGGGGUGACGCUUCAGUGGGAAUUAGUCCCAGCAGGAACGAUAUCAAAAUUUUUGGGAAGGAUUUUAUUCCGGGGUCAAUUUUGGGGCAAGGAUUAUCAGCGACAGAAUCCAGCAGCUUGUUUAAGCAAUUCAUGAAGAUCAUCGUUGUGGUGGUGGUUGCAAUAAUUGCGCUGAUGCUGUGGACAGUGCUUUUUCCGCAGAAAGCGUCAAGAGUUUCGAGAUUAAAAUCGUUUGUAAAAUACUUAAAGUCAAGGCUCUCUCGGUGGUGGCGCUCUGAUCUUCCUCGCUUGAGCUCACUGUCCUCUUUGGAAGAAGGAUUGUUUGUUCGGACCGGUUUGGAAAGUGAUGACCGCGAUGGGAAUCAAGUUAGAAGCAGAAGCAUGGUAAGCUUGGAAGACGCCAGAAAACUGUCGGCGGAGCAAUACUCCAUGGACAGUCCAGUUUCAAACCACUCUGGUAAUAAAUUUGUUCGAACGAAUCUGCGUCCCGCAUUUUCGCUUGCCGAUUUUAGCAAAUUUGCGAAGUCAGCGCCUUCCGAUAGAGAGAGCGGCCAUGUUAAUAUAUAA